CGGAACACGCGUUGAUAAUGUUCUUAAUUUGUGAAUAAAAUUUUUAAUGUAUUAUAAAUUCAGUAACUUGGUUUUACAGUUAAACUUAAAUUUGUCUGUUCCAUUUUAAGUAUUAUACAAAUUCAUAAAAUGAGUAAAUUAAAUAAAUUCAUAAGGUAUGAUCAAACAAAUAUACAUUAUAAAUUAGUUUUAAUUGGCCUUUGAAUGACCUCAACCAAUAUUUUUGAAAAUUAUUCAUAACGGCCUUGAAAUUAUUCAAAGCAUUACAACUUUGUUAUAUUUAGUUAUACUAUAAAAGGAGCGUUAUUUGGAGCAACAAUAUUUGGAUCCUCUGAAUUAGGCUUAUGGAAAGAUGGAGAAACUUCCCGUGAAUUAGCAAAAUUAAUUAUUGCAAUUCUAACGCCUAUUGCUAACAAAGCCAAGUCUGAAAUGCCAGAACAAGUUAAGUUUUUAUUUCUACAUACUAUUUCAAAUAAACAUUCAUAUUGUUUAUUCUAGGUCAAAUCAUUGCCAUCUGUAGAAAAUCUAAAAUCCACCUCUACGGCACGUUGGAAUAAAAGCGUUUAUGCUGCUGGAGAAUUUGUCAUAGAUGUACCACACAAAUGUGCUUGUGCAGCAAACAAAGCUUACCAAUUGGUCGAGGUACAACUGAAUCCUAAAGAAAAUUAACAAAACUAUCAAUUUGUAUUGAGUAAAUAUAAUCGUGUACUUAUAUUUUGUUAAUAAUUUAUAGAAAUAUGUUAUAUAAAAAUAAUAAAGUAUUUGUGCUCAUAUUAAACUAUCAUAGAUAAUAUUUUAGUUUUCAUUUCUGUGUUGUGCAAUUAUAAAUAUUUUUUUUUAUCAUAAAAUUUGAGUUAUAUAUUGUUUCAAUAUUUCAAAUUAUAAAUAUUUAUUAGAAUUAUAUUUGUUAGUAAAUCAGUAAUGACAUUUUUUAUAAUUGAAAUAUUGUGAUGAAAGUAUACACUUAGAAGCUAAAAAGAAAAGGAUUAUCAUAUAGAGCAACACGCAUAUAAUAAAAUAAGAAAUAAAUGUACUUCAUGUUUUAAACGUUUAAAAUACAAUAUCAAAAUAAUUUACUCUGAAAAUAAUGUAUUUAAUGAUACAACUUGAAAUUUUAAGCAUGUCAUUCCAGAGGUAUCGAAACCAAACAUGUUUACGUACAGUUGAUAUUGUCAGGAUUGAUGGCGAAUGUUUGUUCACUGCCGGAAUAAGUUUGAAAAGUUAUAAUAACAAGUACCAAACUAUUGAAAAAGAUUUUACCUCAUACGAGUAAUUAUCUUUAUUUUUAUUUAACAGUCAACAAUUUUGAUACUAAAACAAUCGUAAACAGUUGGGUUUUGGUACCCCCACAAAAAUAUGUAUAUUAAAAAAAUGAAAAUAUUCAUACAUAUUGUUAUCAAUAAUUACUUCUUAUAAAAAAAAAAUGAUUGAAAAUAAUAUUGAAUUAUGUAAAAAUAACUUAAAUACUUUGUUAGUCUUGAAAAAAUAAGUUGAAAAUGUUAUGUACAUGUAUUAAAAGGUUAUGCAAUAUUUUUUUAAAUUCAUAUUGAUCAAAAAACAAUGAUUUUGCCUGGCUUCUAAUACUAAAACUAACAUACAAAUGUCAACGAAUACCAAAAUAAUUUUAAUAAUGGUACGAUAUACACUGGUUGUAACGGUUUAGUAAAAAUUUCACAAUAAAAAAAAAUUGUACACUUUAAAAUUCUAUUAAACAGUUUAUUUUAUAAACCAAGUAAUUACAUAUAGUAGAUGACAGAUGAAGGAUAAUAUUAAUUUAAAAGGCAUUUUAAGUUAUCAAAUUUCAUAACUCAAUAACAAAUUUAAAUAAUAUAAUUAGUAUAUAUAUAUAUAUAUAAAAAAAUACUGUUUUUAAAUAUUUAUAACUAUGUCUUUAAAGAAAUCAUAAAGUCAUUUUUCGUUUGAAGUUUUUAAUAUUCUGUUCAAUUUGUUAUGUUCGCAAUUAAUGUCAUUUACCAUCUAAAACAUGUUUGUACAAAAUUCCUAUAAACGGAAAGAAAACUUAUAUUAAGCAGACACAUCAACUUCCAUUUUUUCCACUUCUUUUUCUGCUUUAGGUUCGUCAACCUCCAUUUUACCAGCUACGUUGUUUUUUUGAGGCUUCUUCUUCUUCUUUUUCACUGGUUGUAAAAUACCUCUUUGAUUAACAGAUGUUUUGAGUAAAUUCUAAACAUAGUUUAUUAUGAAAAAUAACAUUUAAUAUUAAAUGCAUUUAUUUAAAACAUACCAAGACUUCUGGGUCUUUAAUAGUUAAAUUAGAAACAUAAAUAUCCUCUUCAAACGGUAAUCCUGUUAUCCGGGCAGGUCCAGUAGUUGUCACUAGUACUGUAAAUUUGUACUGAACAACAGUUUCUCCU